AAACAGUACCAGGCUACGGGUUUUGCAAUCGUAUUCCAAUCGACACUAAUUAUUCUUAUCUCAUAUCUUCAACACCUCUUGUCAUGAGAUCUUACACGACGGUUAGUUAUUAUUUAUUAUUAAUUUUAUAAUUUAUAUUUCUAUAAUUUGUUUGAAUUGGUAAAUAGUUUUAGUUAGUUUAUAGCUAGCUUAAUUUUUGUAAUAUCGUAAUUUUAGAUCGUUAGAUGAGACAAGUUAGAAUAGUAAUUAAUUUGUUUUACUCGAUGAAUUAUUUUAAAAACUGAAUUAAAACCACGUCAAACGAGAACAUUUCUGGAAUUCAGGUGACUCCUAUUCACUGAAAAUAAUAUUUAGGUAAACAUAAUCUUUUUUCGUUCAUCAUGUAAUUCAAUUUGAAAAAAAGGUAAUUUUUCAAUAUUCUUAAGUUUUCUCAUGAAAUGUGAAAAACUGAAAAAAAAAUUGAAGAAAAGGGGAAAAUGUAAAAACGUAUGUAUUUGUUAAAAAUAUUACGGCGUUUUUUUUCUUAUGGACUACUUUUCUACCAGUAAUUUCACACAAUUUAUAAUGAUAGUAAUUUUUCUCAAAUGACAUUUUUCUUGGGAGGUACUUUAGUGGGGUAAUUUUUCGAUAUUUUCAAGAGUUUUCCAGGAAAAAUGUAGGAUAACCGGGAAAUUUGGUACAAAAUUAAACAAAUCCUCUUACAGCGUGAAGUUAGCGGGAGAUUUUUAUAAUCGUGAAUAAUCGAUGUUAAGAUGAAGCACAGAUUUUUAUAAUUAUAUAUUCCGACAGCACUAAUUGAGCACUAAAAUAUGCUGGUUAAACUAGAAUUAGUGCUUUUCAAGUUCCCGCUAACUUCACGGACCUUAUAAGUCGACACAUAAGCUUUUUUUUUUACUUAGCUCUGUGCCUCGACAUUUCGUAUUAUGUAUUAUGCAAUUUUUAUUUUCAUCUCCUAAAUAUGACAAUAAAAAUAACUUUAUCUCUUCACUUUAAAAAAUGUCCAAAAAAGCUAUUAUUUAUAUUCAUAUGCAAAGUAUGUUUUUACAAAAUUCGAGAUAGCUACUUUAUAAAUUUUUAAACAUUUAUUAAUUGCGAGUCGUUAAUUUUCUCUAGUUUCUUGAAGUAAACAACUUGAAAUGUUUUAAAAAAAAUUUGAUGAAUCGAUUGACAUUUUUACUAAGUUCAAUGAAAACAAUUUAAAUUAUCAUAACUUGUAAAAAGCAUGGUGUAGCCACUGCCACUGUUAUAGAUAAUUUAAUACAUAUCUGUUAGCAACGAUCAACCAUUGCUUAUGAAAAAACGAUUCUGAGCGGAAUUUGGUUGACAGUGUUGCUUUUUCAACAAUAUAUUUAUGCCAUAUUAUGGUAAAAUAAUUACAUAUACAUUAUACAUUUUCUUUAAUGAUAUUAAUUUAAUAUUGUACCUUUUUUCCAGUUUUCCACAUUUACUGGGAAAAUCAAAAAAUAACCUCCUUAAAUUAUCUUCAUAGUCGAAUUUACUUUCAAAAAAAGUGCUUUCAUUCAAUCAUUAUAAAUCGGAGAAAACUUGCGAGUAAAAAUGUUGUCUAAGGAAAUGAAAGAUAGUAAUGUUUUACUUAAAUUUUCUGUUUUUUUUCCAGUUUUUCCUACUUGAUAAAUAUUUAAUAUUAUAUAUCAUGAAUCUAGGAAUUAUUUACUUGAAUUAAUAUAAACAAAAUCAUUUUAAAGAAAAGGAUAAUAUUUUUAAAAAUAAUUUACAUGAUUUUUAUGUAACUUUAAAGAAGUAGAUGAAACAUAAUAGACAUUGUGAUAUAUAUAUUCAAAAAGAAAACCAAUGGCUUAAAUCUAUUUUUUAAAGUUAUUCACCUAAAUUCUUUUCGCUAAAUCAUUUAGUGAAUGAACUAUUAUUAACACAGGAUGACUAAGUGACAAAUACUUAAGAAUAAAAUGGUCUAAUAUGUAAUAUUAUUAUCAAUAUCUAAUUUUAUUAAUUGGAAAUUUUAUGUCAACGUUAACUACCUACCUCAGUUAUAAAAUUUAUAAAUUUAAUAGUUCAUCAAAAACCUAUAUGGAAUUCGCAAUUUGCGCCUUUUAAAACAUAUAACAUAGAAAAAAUGCAAAACUUUAAACAUAUCUAAUCUAUAAUAUCUAAAAUAUGUUCCAUCACUUGAAUAUAAAUCACAAUAAAGAACAAUAUAAAGCAUAAUGAAAAUCAAACAAGAACUAAUAAAACAACUAGAAAACAAUUAUCUAUCAAAUCUACCCCUGAUAUUGAUGAUGUAAAAAGAAAAGUUAUUCAAAAUUAUAUUAGUAGGUAAUAGGGGAUGAUUUUCCUUAACGCUCUACUCAAAAAUUUACUACGAGUGUCGUCUUUUUCUUUUUUCUUUUUUUACAGAUAAUCGCAAUAAUCGUUGUGGCCCUAAUGGUGAUUCAACAAGCGUCAUGUAAACCGGUCCCAGGACAGAUGGUUGCCUGUUUUAAAAGUGAUAGUAAAUCCGUUGGACAACCUGAACAACAUCUACCAGUUGACUUCUCAUUCAUAAGCGAAAAUCACGUCGACCGAAAUUUUUUACCCAAAGUCGAUAUAAAAAGGAGGGUGAAAAAUUCAAAAUAUGGCAAUCGUUAAUGGCACAAACAUUUUAUCUAUUAGGCCGCUAUUGUAGCUAUCUAUGCGCUUAUACAUAAAAUAAAAUAACGUCUAUGUGUAAUUGUCUUUU